UUAAUAUUAAUUUGUCCAUUAUUUGAAUCAUUUCUUCUGUGUGUAUGUAGGUGAAUACACAUGCCACAGAGCACAUGCAGGGGUCAGAGUACAGCCGGUGGGAGUCUGUUUGCUCCUUCCACCAUAGGGUGUCUGGGCAUCGAACGCAGAUCCUCAGGCUUGGUAACAAGAACCCUUACCUGCUGAACAAGCUCACUGCUCCCGGCCUUAUUUUUUAUGAGACACAAUACCAUGUCUCCCAGGUUGCCCUCAAACUUGCUACGUUUCCAAGUGUGAUGGUAAACUUCUGGUCCCUCUGCCCUUGCCUCUCAGGUGCUGGAAUAUUGGGUUUGCCAGCGUGCACCACACACUGGAUGCACUAAAAUUGUAGGCACACUGCUGGAACCAAACCGAGACUGUCCGGCAUGAUUCACCAGCACUCUCCAACUGAGCUACAGUCCCAGCCCCAAGACCCCAUCUUUAAAAAGAUUUUUUUUUUUUUUAGUACUGGGAAUCAAAGGUCACCUUGGACCCUGGUAAUCAUUCCUGGGUAAAACUGGCACUGUGCAUGGCCUUGGGCAUCUGACUAGCCAAAGAUUUGCUGUCCCUAAGAAGCAGGGGGUAGGGUGGGUCGGGUAUCCCCAGAUUGUCUGGUCCCCUGUCUUAUCCUUCUCCGCCUGACUCUUUGCAUAGUGCUGACUUUACUUUUGUAGGCCCAGCUCCAGACCUUUGCUCCCCAGAAAGACCCUCAGAAUGCAGAAAGGACAUUCUUCCAGCCAUCAGGGUGCCAUGGUCACUUCAGCAGUCCCUUUGGAACUGAGAGUGAGAAAUGCCCCAUAUAUUUUUGUUAUGUCCUUAGUAUUAUUGAAACGUCCCUUAGAGUCUCAGAGACACACAAUGGUUCUGGGUUAUACUUUGACACCCUAGAGAGCUCUCUUUGCCCCUCAGGGAGAUGGCCCUGAAUUAAAGCAGGUCUCUAGAGAGUGUGGACAUAAAGAAAGGACCAGGACAGCUGGGCACAGGUAACCCCUGGGAAAGGGCCUCAGAGGAAACUUUGGGUAGCAUCACAGAAAGUCGAAGUGGAGCCCCAAGAAGGCCCACAAGGGCUAGAACCCAGCAGACCUGUGACCUACUAGAGCAGUGUUUCUCAACCUGUGACCUCCUUCGGGGAUCGCCUAACAGAUAUCAUACAUAUCAGGUAUUUACAAUUCAUAACCCUAGCAAAACUACAGUUAUGAAGAAGCAACGAAAUAAUUGUAUUGUUGGGGGCCACCCCAGCGUGAAGGUCGCAGCAUUAGGAAUGUUGCGGACCACUGUACUGGAGACUCGUUCAAAGGAGGACAGCAGGGUUUCUAGGGAGCACAGCUGGUGGGUCAGAGACAGGCAGGAGUCAGGGGCUGGGGCCACAUUGCCUCCUCCAACCUAGGACAGCCACUUUGCAAAAUGAGUUAUAUUUCCUCAUUUUCCAAACAAGUCAGCCCAGUCAGUAGCAAGUUAAGAUACGGCUUCUAGUGGGGCCUGAUGGCACAAGCCUGUAAUCCCAGUGAUUCAGGCGGCUGAGGCAGGAGAAUGACAAUUCCAAGGCCUACCAAGCUCUAGAAAGCUCCAGACCCUGGCUGUUUCUUAAUCCGGAAGGUAAGAAGUAAUCCAUGGGUCUCACGUGGCUCCUGCUUGCUCCGUCACAGGCCUCUCUCCUUGCAACAGGUGUAGGUGAGAUACCCAAAGGUCUGGGAGGGGUGGAGGCAGGAAGCCGCUGAGCCUAGAAAGCCGGCUGGGGUUAGGCCGGGUGCAGAGGCCAGAGGAUGGGUGAUCCGCUGCUGGAACGCACCAGAAGGCUGCUGACUGACUACUUGACGUUCUGUGCGCGGGAGCCGGGCACCCCCGAGCCACCGCCCAGGUCGACCGAGGCGGCCUUGCUGCGCACUGUGGCAGCCGAAGUCCAAGAGCACUACCAGGAAUUCUUCUCCUCCUUCCUCGGCUACCAGGGCAACCGCCUGGAGCUGGUGACACGGAUGGUGGAUGUGGUGCUCCCCGAUGACCAGGACAUCAAUUGGGGCCGCCUGGUGUUGGUCUUGGCCUUCGCGGGGACGCUUGUGAAUCAAGGCCCUUGCAAGGCUACCAGGCAGAAGAAGAGUGGUCUGAGGAGGAAUCAAUCCCAAGUGACCCGAGACUGCCAGCUCAUAGUGGACUUCCUGUGCAGUCGGAUCCUGGGGCAGCAUCGUUCCUGGCUGGAGGAUCAGGAUGGCUGGGAUGGCUUUUGUGACAUCUUCAAGCGCUCCUUUCCACUCAGUUUUUGGAGACUGGUGAUCAAGACUCUUCUGUACUGCAUCAUUGCAACGGCCGUCCUGUAUGUCUGGAAACAAUUUCGGUUUUAAAAUUGUAAAAACGAUUUUACCUGCCUAACUGUGAUCCUCUAAGGGACAAUUUUAGAUGGUUGGAUAAGAACUGAGGAAAUCCUCCUGCCUAGAGACAUUUUAACCUGCAUGCUACGUGGAGUCCUGGGGUUGCGAUGGGGCCAGUAUUUGGGGAGGGCCUGAGUGGUUCUUCACUAAGUGGGGGAAUGGUCUUACAGACCAGACAUCACUCCAAAAAACUCCAGAAGGAACUACAGCCACUCACUUAAAAGUGCUGCUGUCUGUGUUUGGCUAUAAGCACGCCAGAGCCUCUCCCAUCUGUUCUGGGGUUCUUGAGCAGCCGCUGUUCAAUAACCAGGGUUCCAGGGCAGAGACUCCCAAAGCGCCAAAACCCCAGAGCAAUGAAGAAUGCCAAUAGGAAACCUUAAGGACUCCUUGAAAACCUAAAUCUUUCUGUGCCUAAUUCCCAGGACUUCUGAAUUUAUAGUGUGAAGUAACCGUGUUUUUUAAAGUAACUUCAAA